AUGAUAAAUGCUUUCACAUUUUCAGAAAUUGAUGAGUGUCGACAAGCUAAAUGCCUGAAUUCUCUGAAGUGCAUCGACAAAUUCAAUGAUUAUGAAUGUGUAUGCAUGGAUGGCUGGAAUGGGAAGAAUUGUGAUCGUCCAUGCCAAGACAUAUAUGGCUCAUGUAAAAUGUGGAAGCGUGAAGGACAGUGUGAGAUUCCACCUGAAGAAACGGCAUUUUUUUGGUUGAACUGCCCGGAAUCGUGCGAGAAGUGCGUACCUCGGAAUGACACAAGUUUCAAUCAUCGAUCAUUCGAUUAUCCAACGGAUUUCAGUGCGGUGGGAUAUGAUGAGAUUUUGACGUUUUCCGUCGCAAAGCCGGUGAUGUUCGGAACUCCAAGUAUAAAUGUUACGAGCCGAGCAGUAAGUCGCGAUGACCCGUCUGACGUCCAUCUUCUCAACGGAUUUCUUACAAUCCGCCAAUAUCCUCCACCUGAAGACAACACGAUAAGGGUCGCUUUGAGUAGUGUGAAUAAUCAAGGGUUCAUUCUGAUCGAAGAAGGCCCACUGAGUUACACUGAGAACACUAGCGGACCAAUCCUCAAUUUGGCGCCCAUUGAAGUGAAAAUAUUCGAAGGACUGGAUCAGAUCUCAUUGAAAAGGGGUGUGAGUGUAGCAUUCAAAUUGUUCGAUUAUGACUUUAAAUACUGCUCCUGCUACCGAAUUGGUCCGCCUUCAAUACUAGAAGAUCAACGACAAAUUUGGCUGCUGUCAUAG